AUGGUACCUGCUGCAGUUACUGAUUCAAAUCAAGGAUCAGUACUUGAAAUGACAAAUCUGAAGACCUACACACCCCCCGAAAUACGCCCCGAUAACUUCAUCGAGCCACAUAUAGAUCUCUAUAGGGCUGCAAAAGCACGCAAGCCAGGUAGCACUGCAAUUAUCAUUGAUAAUGGUUCUUCAGCAACUCGAGCUGGAUGGUCAUUCGAAGAUGCACCGCGAAUAAAUAUUACUCCCACAUUCGCCAGGUACCGAGACAGAAGAAUUGACAGAAUAUAUGCCUUCGUUGGAACAGAUAUUUAUGCAGACACAACCGCUCGAGGACACAUGAGAAAUGCGUUUGAAGCAGGAAGUAGUAUUGUAAGUAGUUGGGACGUGAUGGAGUCGGUACUGGAUUAUGUUUUCAUCAAGAUGGGAAUAGAUGGAGCUAACGGCAAUGUCGACAUGCCGAUUGUUAUGACUGAAACGGUGGCUAAUUUGCCUUAUUGCCGAAAAACAAUGACAGAAAUUAUAUUUGAAGCAUACAGAGCACCAUCCAUAGCUUACGGAAUCGACUCUCUCUUUUCCUACGCGUACAAUGGUGGCAAGACAGGACUAGUUGUGUCAUCUUCCCAUAGUUCCACGCAUGUAAUACCUGUAUGGAAUUCUAAAGCAGUCUUGACUCAAGCGACACGCCUCAACUGGGGUGGGUCACAAAAUGCCGAUUACUUAUUGAAAUUAUUACGUCUUAAGUAUCCAAACUUUCCUGGAAAGAUUAACCCUUUGCAAGCCGAAUACAUGUUCCGGGAACACUGUUAUGUGGCCAAAAAUUAUGACGAUGAGCUAGCUACGUAUCUUGAUUCACAGUUUCUCCAAGAUCAUGACCGCGUGAUCCAGUUUCCAUACGUCGAAGAGGUUGUAAUUGAAAAAAGUCAGGAAGAGCUCGAUAGAAUAGCAGAGAAGAGGAAAGAAAGCGGAAGACGAUUACAAGAGCAAGCUGCCAAGAUGCGCCUGGAUAAGCUCAUACGGAAAGAGCAGGAGCUUGAGUAUUAUCGAGACCUUCAAUCAAGGCUAGUUGGAGAGACAAAAAAGGAAACCAAGCGAAUUCUCGACUCUGAAGCUCUCAAAGACGAGGCUGCGCUUGAGAGAAUUAUUAAAGAGCUUGAUAAAUCUAUUCGAAAGGCACGAACGAAGGAUGUGGGCGGACCAGAUGCUGACGAAGAAGCCAACGAACCUGAUUUUAGUCUGCUAGAAAUUCCAGACGAAGAGUUAGAUGAAGCGGGUAUUAAGCAAAAACGUCAUCAGCGCUUGAUGAAGUCCAGUCAUGAAGCUCGUGCGCGAGCCAAAGCUGAGAAAGAGAAAGAAAAGGCUCGUGUGGCCGAGAUCAAGCGUUUGGAUAACGAAAAGCGAGAUAAAGACCGAGAAGGAUGGCUCCAAUCACGUCGUAAUGCGAGAUCAGAAACCAUACAAAAGAUGAAGGAUCGUGAUCGCCUCAAGGCGGAUCUUGGAAACCGGAAAUCUUUGGCUAGCCAAAUUCGCAUGAAAAGUAUUGCUAACUUAGCUUCUGAUAAUCCCUCUAAAAAGCGGCGUCGCGGUGGUGAUGACGACAACUUUGGAGCCAACGACGAUGACUGGGGUGUUUAUCGUCAAAUUGCUGUUGGUGAAGGCAGUGAUGACGAAGAGGAGGAGGAUUUGGGAGAAACUUUGAAGAAAUUAGAAGCAGACCUACUGGAAUGGGACCCCGACUUUACCGAACAACAUACACUUGAGGCUCAAUCAGACUGGACAAAAAGUCUCCUGCAUGCCUUCCUCCGCGGCCCGAGACCGUACGACGCAAACUCUCAGGCUGAGGCCUACCAAGUUCAUCUUAACGUCGAGAGAAUCCGUGUGCCGGAAGUAUUCUUCCAGCCGUCUAUUGCUGGACUUGAUCAAGCCGGGAUUGUAGAGAUUGCUGCUGAUAUAUUGACUCAUAGAUUAAAUAAUUUCAAACCCCAGGAAGCCUUUCUGAAGGAUAUUUUCCUAACAGGUGGAGCAGUACUUCUUCAAAACUUUGAUGAGAGAUUGCGAGAAGGGUUGAGAGGUUACCUACCUGCUGAGGCUGCAGUAGCUGUUAGGAGAGCAAGUAACCCUAUAUUAGACCCCUGGAGGGGUGCGGCAAGAUGGGCUAGUGGGGAGGAAUGGAAGUCAGCUGCUGUGACUAGAGAUGAAUACUUAGAGUAUGGCGCUGACUACAUGAAGGAACAUAAUUUGGGAAAUGUCUUUUAG